CUGGUGCCAGACUAAUAUGUCAGUCUCGAGUUUCCCUGUCGAAACUGAAUCGGUUGGACCCGCGUGUAUCUGUGAAUCAAAGCUAACUGUAGUCAUUUAGCGACUCGCUACCUAUGUGAUCGCGCUUUUUGGUCGUCGUUGGAGGCUGCCAGUGAAGGCCGAGCAACAAAAUAGCAUAUCGCCAUUAUAUGAUCCAGUGUCCGGUGUCACUUUUCCCCUCCAUGUGGGUGAGGGAACUGUGUGUGUCAGACUAUGGCGAGAAAAACAGUUAGCAGGAAAAGGAAGGCAGGAGAGCCCAAGGACCAACAACAGCUGGGCUGGUGUCAGACGGCACAGAAGCGGAGCCGUGUUUCUUGUUCCUCACGUCACCAGCAAUGGUGGUGCAGUCGAAGCUCGGUGGUAUGUGCCCUCCGUGGGCGGGAGUUCAGACCUCAGCAGCAGCAUGAGUUGCGACUUCAGCGUAGCCUGCGUAGCUUUGCAGCAGGCAGGCUUCCUGGUAUCCUCAAGGAGAGGGAGUUCUCGUUGAAGUGCCUCAAUAAGGUGUUCGCUUCACAAUGGCUCAACCAUCGGCAAGUGGUGUGCGGGACAAAGUGCAACACGCUGUUUGUAGUCGAUGUCCUGACAGGACAGAUAACACUUAUUCCCAUGCUGAAAGACAGAGAGAGUCACAGUGCAGUCUCUGGGGGGGUGGGAGCAGUGGUGACAGGACGCCAUUACCACGCGACAGGAGGCUCUCGCUCCCGGCUGGACCAACAGGGCUGUGGAAUCCAUGCUAUUGAGCUCAAUCCCUCCAGAACGCUGCUCGCAACAGGAGGGGACAACCCCAACAGCUUGGCUGUCUACCAGCUGCCCACACUGGACCCGGUCUGUGUUGGAGAUGAUGGCCACAAUGACUGGAUCUUCUCAAUAGCAUGGAUCAGUGACAGCAUGGCAGUUUCAGGGUCUAGGGAUGGUUCCAUGGGCCUGUGGGAAGUGACAGAAGAGGUAAUGAGCCAUGCGGCACUCAGUCAGAGUGAGGAGGCUGUGCCUUCAUAUGCCCACAUCUCCCACCGUGCCCUUAAAGACAUCCCCAAAGAAUAUACCAACCCAUACAACUGUAAAGUACGUGCCCUGGCCUUCAACUGCAACCACAAAGAGUUGGGUGCUGUGUCCUUAGAUGGCUAUUUCCACCUCUGGAAAGCUGAACACAACUUGUUUAAGUUGCUGUCCACUAAGCUGCCUCACAGCAAAGAGAAUGUGUGUCUGGCCUACGGACAGGAGUGGUCAGUGUACGCUGUGGGUUCUCAGGCCCAUGUCUCAUUCCUGGACCCACGGCAGCCCACACACAUCAAAUCUGUCAGUUCCAGAGAGAGAGGAAGUGGGAUUCGUUCAGUGAGUUUCUACGAGCACAUUGUGACAGUGGGCACUGGCCAAGGUUCCCUUCUAUUUUAUGACAUCCGGGCACAAAGGUUUCUGGAGGACCCUUUGAAUUCUUCUGGUGGGUACCGGAAAUGCGCAGGAGAUGGCACCCUCAAACUCAACACAGGAAAAGGCUGGCUGAAUCACGAUGAGACAUGGAGGAGUUAUUUCUCAGACACCCAUUCCUUCCCUAAUGCGGUGUACACACACUGCUACGACGACUCUGGCACCAAGCUAUUUGUAGCAGGUGGACCGCUCUGCUCCGGCCUGCACGGCAACUAUGCAGGACUGUGGAGCUAGCAUUUUCUUUGCACCAUCCUCAUCAGCAUUUUUACUGAACUACUCCCUCCGUACCUCUACAUGUAUAGAAAGAUCCGUCUGUGAUAUCCAUCAAACUGUUUGUUUUUUGCCUUUUGCUCAAACUUGGACUCAGGAGCAUGAUCUGGCCUUCAUGGUAUCACGGCUUUGAAAAUCUAUGUUCUUCUUUUUCUUCCAUUUAGUCCAUCAUUAUGCUUCUCUGCUCACCCAGUUCUUUGUUCUUUCAUUUUAUUUAAUAUAUAUAAAGGUGUAUAAACAAUUUAAUUUCCAAGAGCUGCAAAAGCUGCCACUGAGGAACAUUGUGGAGAUUUGAAACCAUAAAAAUAAAGCUACACACUUGUCAUUUAAAUCAAACCCAUAGGGAUUAGCUUUUGGUGGGGUUUUCUUUGUGUAUGGGAGAUAUUUCCGCUGCUCCAUCAGUGUCUUUGUGAAAUAUUUGUAGACUUUUCUACGAAAGAGUCUGUUCUAUUCUCACCUGGAAUGGAUGGCAAUAACACAGAGGAGGCGAGGACUGAAGAGACAUUGAUUUCGAAGGACUGAGCUGGAGUGUAAUGUGACAUUUGCUAGAGAAUAUUUGUGGAUGGACUCAGGCCUUUCUGUACUAUGACUGUCACAAAAGAACUCUGUUCUUGUGUUAGAAGUAAAGUGAAGAAGGGUGCCUACUCAGUCCAAGCACGGGACAGUGUUAAUGUUUUUCUCAAGGAAACAAUCUAAAGGGGUAAUAUUGAGAUUAUUAAAUGCAGUGUAGUUACUCUAUAAUCCCAACAAAUACAUAAUUUAUGUUUUGAUUGUGUGAUGAUUAGAUGGAAAUGCCCUGCUGAUAUUCCUGUUUGCUUUGUAUUUAUUUUCCUUCCCUUUGUGUUCCCUUUAGUGUGUCAGGGGUCUUCAUGUCUGCUUUGUUGAAGGAUGUUUUGUUUUUCUUUCUUUCCCCCGGCCCUUUCUGUUUGUGGUCUUUUGAAUCAGAAUGCUUUGAGUAGAUGUGUCCACUGGCAGUGGUGCUUUAAUUAACCAGAGAGAGACUUUCCAACUGCUGACAAACUAUUUGUAACCGUUCUGGUAUCACUGAGGAUCUACCCAUGCAUUUUUGUUUUGAUUGGACGUUAUCAAAUAUGAUUAACUGUGGCACUGCUGAUGAUUCAGUCGGAGAGUUUUGAAGAUUGUGUGACUCCAACAGAAGCUGGGAGGAUAUUUCACUUUGAUCUUCUCGGCCAUUAAGGACAUAAAUAUAAAGACAUUUUGGACUCUACCCUGAAGAUUAAUGCUGCAGACACAUACGUUCAUUGUUACAUUUGACACAAUUCUUUUCACUUGUUGCAUCAAGGAAAAAGGGUGAACUUGCUCUUUUCCUUGUUUGGUAGAGGCAGGGUAGAUUUGAGUUUUAAUGUUUUGCCUUCCUGAAGUCUUUCUGUGAAAGACCAACGCGGGCAACCAUAGUUUUCCUUUUAUACAUGGAAAUAGUGCUCCAGUUUUCAUGAUAAUGAGACCUUGAAAACACAAACCCCAAUUACGAUAACAAUUUGAACAAAUAGCCAAAA